CCCACAAGCCAUUGCUGUCAAAUGGUGUAAUGUGAGAAAGAAAAAGCAUUACAAGACAAGCAACAAUUCAACAGAACUGGCCAGCAAUGUCCUUACAUACUGUAACACUUUUCAAAAUAUCAGCAUUGAUACCACUAUUGGUUGUCGCAGUCGAAGUACACCACAGAGCUCUGAACCUACCACCCGACGUGGUCCACACAGUGCACAACGUUCACCAUUGUUACAACCUGUGUGUUGUCAGGACCACAUGUGUCGCCUACAAUUACGACAUACGUAAUCGAGAGUGUGAACUCUUCUUCAGUACUAACGGUGGAAGUCUGGAAUUUAAACAAAAUUCUAUUUACCAAGAUGUACCGGACGGUCUGUCGCAUCAUGGAUCACAACCAUGUAACACAGGACGCUGUGGACAAAACGAAAUGUGUGCAAAUACACAGGACAAGAAUUAUCAAUGUCUGCCUCUCGAUAUAUGUGCGGCUGGUACCAUCUGGAGUAGCGUCGACAGUGAAUACAUCCCCGAAGAGGCCGUCCCCGAAGUGACCGUUACGACUGCUCCGCCACAAGACUGCUCGUCGCCCGGAGUGACCUAUCUUCCUGGAGCAACGUGCAAAGAGUUUAUCCAGUGUAACGCUGGGCAACCGGUGACGAAGCGUUGUGGGAUUGCAACAAAGUGGGACCAGUCCUUGCUGGCGUGCGUCGGUGGGACAUGCUAGUCUCUGCCGGUUUAGAGACUGUCGAAACAUAAUGAAAACACAAGGUGUACAUUGACGGGAUUCGAACUGGAUGCGGCGCGUGCAUGUGAUCUGGCUAAAAAAAAAAAACGAAUUGGAAAUACAUUAUUUUCAGUGAGAGCAUCUAGACUGGAUACGUGCAAUGCGUGCGUCUGCAAAACGCAUGCGGUCAGCCAGCAAUGAAAUAACGGUAUAUUGUGUAUAUGCUCCAAACUCGAAUCGCAGACGUAACAAUCGCAACAGUCUAUACGAGUCUUUAAACAAUAAAGCUGAAAUCACCUGUUUUGAGUCAUGUACGAUAUUAAUCCACUAUUGGAUUAGCAGCUGUUUUGUUUGUUAUCGUUAGGGUCUGAGUUAAAGUUGGGAAGUAUACUUAGUGUAGAGUAACUAUCUGAAGGAAUACUGCUUUUAUAAUUCUUUAUUAUAUUAUAUUAAUAUUAUAUUAAUAUUAUAUUAUAUUAAUAUUAUAUUAUAUUAUAUUAUAUUAUAUUAUAUUAUAUUAUAUUAUAUUAUAUUAUAUUAUAUUAUAUUAUACGUG